UUAUCCAAGCAAAAAAAACAGUGAAAUUGUACUACCUAAAGCUAUCAACCAGUCAUUCAAAUCUUCCAAUUGAUCAAGCUUAUAAUUGAAAAUCUCUCUCACCAGAAGAAGAAGAAGAAGAAGAAUGUCUGUUCUUGCUUCAUUCCAGAGAAGGUUGGAAGGGAAGGUGGCACUCAUCACUGGAGGUGCCAGUGGCAUUGGCGAGAGCACUGCCAGACUCUUCUGUAAACACGGCGCCAAGGUGGUUGUGGCCGACAUGCAAGAUGAGCUUGGGAGGUCUGUCUGCGCUGAUAUCAGUCCGACAGAAGCUUCUUUCAUCCACUGUGAUGUUACAGAUGAAGAUAAUGUCAGUCAUGCAGUAGAUCAUACAAUUACAAAGUAUGGCAAGUUAGAUAUAAUGUUCAACAAUGCAGGCAUCAACCACAUGCUCAAGCCGAACAUCUUGAACAUCAGCAAGGAGGAAUUUCUACAAGUGCUUAAUGUUAAUCUAGUUGGCGUAUUCUUAGGCACAAAGCAUGCGGCUCGAGCAAUGAUUGCUGCUCGUCAGGGGAGCAUAAUAAACACGGCAAGUGGAGUAUCACAGUGUGUACUUCCUGAAUUUCAUGCCUAUGUGAGCUCAAAAUAUGCAGUGGUUGGACUCACGAGAAAUACCGCAGCAGAGCUGGGGAGGUUUGGAAUACGAGUGAAUUGUGUGUCACCGGGUGGAGUGGCAACAAGGAUGACAGAAGGGCUUGGAGGACUAGGGAAACAAGAGUUUGAAGCCAUGAUGAGUUCUUUGGGUUAUCUUAAGAAUGUUAAAUUGAAAGCCGAAGAUAUUGCAGAUGCUGUGCUCUACUUGGGAAGUGAUGAGUCUAAGUAUGUGACUGGGCAUAACCUUGUGGUGGAUGGGGGUUUGUCUUUUGGAAGGGCAUGUGUAGAGUUGGCUAAGCCUUGAUAUUGGCUGGACCAGCAUGAAUUUCUUUGACGACUCUUGUUUAUUUUCAAAACAUGCAAGAUAAUGCUAUAGUUUUUCAUGU